UUGCAACGCUCGUGUGGUAUUACUAAUGAAAUUGUGUAUGUAAAACUUAUUAAAAUGGAUUAGUUAACAAAACUAUUCGAAAAUAGACUUGAAUGACAAAAUACAGAUUUAUUUCAGACUUAUUUCAAUAUUACCGGGAAUUCAAUACUUUUGAUCCCUCCCCUCUACCGGAUAAAUUCAAUUUGCCAUCAAUAACGACACGAAUAGAUCAAUUAUAUAGACCUAUUGGUCAUAUCGUAAAGUAAACAGCUAUACCAAUACUGGGCAAUACUAUACAAGUAUAGUGCAAUGUUCUGCAAAAAAUCAUUAAAAAACAUAGGUAGUAUGUAAUAUAUCAUUUCGACCAGGCCGUCAAAGCAUUGUAGGAUAUGAUAAAAAUGCAGACACGACCGCCGCGAUUUGCCAAAGCCGGCACGGCGUUGUUGUACGCGGCCGCGUCGACGUUGAUCACAAUCGUCAACAAGUCCGUGUUGACCGGUUACGGGUUCCCCUCGUACCGGUUCCUGGCCGUGAGUCAGAUGCUCGCCACGGUCACCGUGCUGUACGCGGCCAAGCGGCUGGGCCGCGCGAGGUUCCCGGACAUAGGCGGACGCACGUUCGCGGACGUAUUUCCGAUGCCGCUCAUCCAUCUGGGCAACGUGGAACUGGGCCUGGCCGGCACCAAGGAGCUGAGCUUGCCCACGUUUACCGUGCUCAGGCGUUUGGCCAUACCGAUGACCAUGUCGGGCGAAUACUACCUGUUGCGCGUCGCAGCCGACCCGUUCGUCAAGACGUCUGUGGCCAUGAUGGUGGCUGGUGCCGUAAUAGCGGCCGGUAGCGACGUCGAGUUGAACAUCGACGGGUGCGCAUUCGUCUUGUUCAACAAUCUGCUGACGGCCGCCAACGGCGUGUUCUCCAAGAGAAAACUGAACGCCAAUAGGCAAAUGGGCAAGUGUGGGCUAUUGUACUAUUCGUCGCUGUUCGUAUUGCCGUUCGCUCUGGCGCACUUGUAUUUUUCGGACGACUUAGACCACGUGUACAGAUUCAAUUAUUGGUUGCAUCCAUCAUUUUUAAUACAAAUGUUCGUUUCGUCUAUAAUGGGUUUAGUGCUAAACUACAGUACAAUGUUGUGCAUUCAAUACAAUUCAGCCCUAACGACGACAAUAAUCGGCUGUCUAAAAAAUAUAAUUGUCACUUAUGCUGGCAUGUUUGUUGGUGGUGAUUAUGUGUACACAUUCUAUAACUUUAUUGGUAUUAAUAUUAGUAUUAUUGGAAGUCUAUACUACACCUAUGUAACGUUUAGAUUGCCUAAACAGAUGAAGUAUAACAUUAAGUAGGUAACUACUAUUAAUACUUUUCAUUGUUAUAUUUCUUGGAGUUUUGUGUCGUGUAUAUACAAUUAUAAAAUGUGUACUUCAUCUUUA